UCUAUCUAAAAUAUAUAUAUAAAUCAUAUUUAUAUAUUAUAUCAUAGAUUCAGCUGAGUUGGAAGGCACCCAUAUAUAAAUGGAAUAAUUUCUCUGGACAGCUUUAACCUUUCUGGCUUCUUUGUGUGUUGGGUUGUUUCUCUUUUUUUUUUCUUCUCCUUCUGUGUUUGUCGCAGUCGAAUUUCCAGCAGUCCUGUUAAACACUUCAACGGGAGAGAUUGAAUCUGAGUUCCACAUGUAUGUCCAGCCUCAGGAGCAUCCUCUUCUCUCUGAAUUCUGUACAGAACUAACUGGCAUAACACAGGAUCAAGUUGACGAAGGGGUCCCUCUCAACAUUUGCUUAUCACAGUUUAUGAAAUGGAUUCAAAAGAUACAAAAGGAGAAGAAAAUUAUAUUCAGUACGGAUACUCAGAGUAAUUUCUCUUCGGAAGCAAAAGCUUGUACCUUUGUUACUUGGACAGACUGGGACCUGGGUGUGUGUCUGCAGUACGAGUGUAAAAGGAAGCAGCUGCGAAAACCUGACAUUUUGAAUUCCUGGAUUGAUCUCAAAGCAACAUACAGGGCCUUCUAUAAUAGGAAACCUAAAGGGCUAAAUGGAGCUUUGCAGGAUUUGGGGAUAGCUUUUGUAGGACGGGAACAUUCUGGGUUGGACGAUUCUCGGAAUACUGCUCGUCUUGCUUGGAGGCUGAUUUGUGAUGGAUGUGUGCUGAGGGUUACUAAAUCUUUGGAUAAGGCACGUCUGCAGGGUAAUUUAAUUGCCAGAACACUGGCUGGAAACUUCACUGACAAGACUCCACUGGGAAGUAAGAGCAGGCCUGAAACAUCUAGAGAUAGAACAUCAGAAACAAACUCUCUGGCUGAGAACAAACACUCUUUUGCUGGAAACAACAUAACUUCUAAUGUACAGACCAAGGAACAACAGACCAAUUGUACCUCAGCAGAUGUCCAUGCUGUACCCAGCAGCAGCUCAAGGACUGAAUUCCAUGCUCAAUGCCAAAGCCCUUCAGCAGCAUCUACUGAGAGAUUUCCUGUUCCUCCUGAGCUGGCACAGCCAUCUCCCAGUCCUGCACCAACAGGCAUCCAGCAGGGAUUGAGCAAUGGGCAGCUUCUGGGUACAGCCAGAUACAGCCCCCCAGUACAGGGACCAGGACUGGUGCUCGUCUCCACUACCAUCCCCUCAGUUACUGUCUCCAGUGAGGAGAUCAGUACCAGUGCUGACUGCUUGUCUCUGCUGGCAGACUGGGAAGAUGUUGCUUUAAUACCAGAAUCUCAAUAUGAACAAAAGUCAGACUCUGUUCAGCUCAAGGAUGACUCGAGUACAGAUAGUUUAACAGUGUUUGAAGAAAAAACAAUUUCAAAAGAAUUGGCUGUGGCAAGUUCAGAUAAUCAGAGUUUGGAGAAAAGCGCAGUAUCCGUGGAACCUCUGAAACCUGUCAUUUACAAAAGUCCUGAUACUACAAUCUAUAAUGUAGGAACAGUGCAAAGGCAGACUUCAAAUUUUUCAGCUUUUAAGUUACCAUUUGCAAAGGGAAAUACCAUUUCAGCACUAACUGGAAAUUACUCUACUUCAGAGGUUCCUAAAAGAAAGCCAACUAGUCCAAAAACAUUCCCACCAGCAAAAAAACAGUCUUUUGCUAUAUAUCAAGAGAAGACUUCAUCUUUUGAUCAUUCCUUACCUUUGAGAAGUUCAAAUUUGCCCAAAGUGUCUCCUGCCAUUCUCAACUCCACAGUCAACUUGAAUCCACGUGUAAGAGCUGUGAGAAGUGGAAAACCAACUCCCCCUCUGUGCAACUGCGGUCGAAGAGCCAAAAAACUCUGUGUGUCAAAUGCUGGCCCAAAUCAUGGCAAAGCGUUUUUCUGUUGUCCUGUUGGCAAGCAAAACAGUGAUAGAAAAGGUUGUGGAUACUUCAAGUGGGAAUAUGCAUUUCUCAAAGAGAAAUCCAAUGGUCUCACCCUGAAUGCGGAUGCUUUGACCUCUCUUAGAACUGUUUCUAGUAAUUUAGGAAAUUCUUCCAACAAAAGCUAUUUAUGUCUUAGACCCUCUAUGAGAACAUGAAAAUGGAUAAAAUUUUUUGUCUGAAUCUUAAACUCGCUAAGUUUCAUGCUUGAUGUAAUCAGGACAGUCAAAUGAUAUCAGAUACAUGUUCUCAGAAUGGGACAAAACAGUUCUUGGUUAACAUAGAUAGAAAUGGAAAUUGCUGAAGCACACAAAAAUAUCAGUAGAUCCUGAAGUAACUCAUUAAUGACGUGUGAGAGAACAGGUAAUACUGUAAGUGCUAAAAUUAAAGUAUGAGCAGCUGUUGCUACAGAUCUUAAAUUUCUGCUUUAUUAUAUAUUUUAAAUUCUUUACUAGCCCAGUCUUUAAAGACAAUUUUAAUGACACAGAUUUUAUUUGCACUUUUUUGUAAAUAUACUUGGGAUGACUAUAACUAACUUUUAAAAAUCUAUUUAGAAGUUGUCGCACUUCUUGAAAGUGAUUCUUGAAGCAAUAGUAUCCUCUUAAACUCCUACUGGUUUUUUUUUUUAUCCUUUAAGUAACAAUAAAGAUGAGAUGUUGGUGACACUUCAUUAAAUAACUUUAACUCCCAUCACCUGUUGUGCUCCUGCCUCCCUGAGUUUCCCAUUUCAUUUGUACCAGUGCCUGCUUUUGUCCUGUUAGCUGUUGGUGUAGCAUCUGGGACAGCGAAAUGGUGGGAAUCAAGUAAGGGUGUAUUCAAACCUAAACUAGGAAUGAUAUAGUGCCAUGUCUUUUACUUGGUGUUACUGUGUAAAUCUGCAAUACCUUACUUUAUAAAAAAUCCUACGAAACACCAAGUAUCUUAAUUUUUUUCUCCACUCUUUCCAGCACAGUUCAUUUCUUCAGAUCUUCCCGCUAACAGUCUUCCCAUAGGAAUGAGAAACAGUCCUUGGAUUUUGGGUUCAGCUAUUAUAAGUGGUCUAUGACUUACAGAAACAUUUUUAUAGUGUUGCUUAUUGCAGCUGACUUUUCCCUUGGAAGUUGUGUCUGAUAAUCAGUUCAACUGGAACGAAUAGGACUCAAGAACAAAAUUCGUCCUAUAUAGAGAGAACCCUACAGUGCAGGAGCACAGUAGUGGAUGAGGCACAGCAGGGAGCUGGCUGCCAGUUGUGUUCUCUUUUCCACUAAGCUCUGCCUUCAAAAGCUGCAGCACUGACUGCUGGGAAACAAAUCAACCCACGGUGAUUAGUGGAAGAACGGAAAGUGCAGACUGGGCUGGAUAUUCAUGAAGGCUGUGGACAGACAGAAACAGUAUGUUCUGCUUUGCCAAUGUAGAAAUGUAUGCUUUGCAGAUACAGCAGUGAAGUCUAUUCAGGGUGCCAACAAAAAGUGAUUCAAAUGAUUAUCAGAUACAACUUCCAAGGGAAAGUCUCAGGUUUCCAUUUACCUGUUCAAAAAGCUUCUGUUUUCAGCUGGUCCCUCUACACUGUGACACUUUCAGGACUCCGCCAGCCAGGGGCGCAGGGGUCGGUGUUGGAUGUGGCGUUGCAGUGCAGGACUGAGGGCUGCUCGCUCCCCUUCAG